GUGCUAGGCUGGCUUCUCUCCCACGGCUUGACAGAGACGGUGAUCGCCCUCAACUCACCACACUUUGAAGCUUAUCUACGCUCGCGUUUAAGACACACCCCAGACGACCCGGAUUUGCGUUGUCUACUCUGGCGUCAACUGGAGCAUCGCGGUGCGCGACUGGAAGCGGCCCAAGUAUUGGAGCAUUUGGCCGUCACCCCGUGUCGCCAACUAACCCUGGACGAUCGGCUCGAUUUUGCCGCACGCGCUGUGGUCGCUGUCAAAGCUUUACCACCCGUGCAACAGGAUUUGGAUUAUCUCCGCGAACUGGAAGCACGUUUGGAACUGGCCCAGUUACAGCAACAGCUUUGUGUCGAAUUGAGUCAACUCACCCCGGAAAUGCAACGCUCCUCGCGUGUCUCACCGCCCCGGACCCGUACCAGUCCGGCAUUGGCCAGCGCAAGCUCUGUGGAAGAGGCUGUGUCCCAGUUGAGUCAUGGCCCAUUGCUCAGCUUGACCGAGAUGUUUACCAACUAUGCUGAUCCGUUCGGUUUGCAUGAGUCCAAAUUGUGCUUGUUGUGGGCGAGCGGAUCGACAGAUGAACUACUUAUCAAAGCUAUCUGGCGUGAUCUCUUGCGACAAGUGCUUUCGCAGUCGCGGACCGGUGCCGAUCUCGGGACCAGCUUUAACUACAUGUCCCCCCGAAGUCCCGUCUCUCGUCAUUCACCUAUUGGAGCAUUCCCCUCCCAGAGUCCUGAUAGACAAUCCAAACAGUUGAUCGAGUUGUCCUUGGUCGAUUGUUUAACCCGAUUGGGGCAACGAUUUGUCACGGAAAGCGGUGGAUUUGGUUCCUCUCGUGCUCAAAUGUUUUUCCCAUUAACUGAGAUCGUUUCCACUCUGGAGUAUUUCGCAGUCCAAAAGAAGUUCCCCGUACACUGGGUCCCAACCAUUCUGCGGGACACUCGUCUUUUGGCCGGAUCUUAUUUUGUCGACGCCUACGAUCAGUUGUUACACUCGAAAGACUCAUUUUGGCGCCGACCAGAGGUGAGAACUCGCUUGUUCUCAGCCAUGGUUACCGUGAUUGAGGAUUUUCUCACCUCCGGUUCCGUACAACUGGCCAUGCGUCCGCGGAUGCUGCAGGUCGGACGUAUGCUCGAUCGGGUCACAAGCAAUCUGGUCGAUUUAAAUGCGAAUUCACUGGAUCAGAAAACAUCCGGCGCACAGGGGAAGGACGAAGAGGAUCAGACGCAGGUGGUUGACCGACUUCGACGUGUGCAUGAUCAACUCCAACGAUACUAUCGUUGA